AAAAUUUAAGAUGGCGCCUCUUAAAAAAAGCAGACGAGAAGAGUUUAAUCGACGUCACGACGGGAUAGCGCUUCUCUUGACCAAUCAGCGCACGGCAGUAGUGACGACAGUUGAGAAAAGAUGGAUGGACCUCGCUAGGGGUGCACAAAACGAGAAAGGAUUAAUAUUACGGCCGGGUAAGAUGCACGAGAUCGAGUUUGAGCUAUGAUCACGCGACUGUCGACAUGUAGGACGUGUUUAAUUGUUACCAUGGUCCUCUCCGUAUUGGCGUUGUACCUAUUGUUGAGGUAUAACCCCGUUGUGUACCGCUACGUAGCUCAGUCGUCCGUUCUCCUGCGUUCCGACAAGGUGAUCCUGCUGUGGACCCCUUUUUUCGGCAUUCGUGACUACAUGCCCGUGGGUGAAGGCGCCCUGUCGCAUUCGGGGUGCCCCGAAUCACGCUGCGAAGUGACCACGGACAGGAGGAGAUUGUUACAUAGUGAGGCUAUUGUCUUUCACUGUCGUGACGUCAGCGUGGUCGAUCUUCCUCUGCACCGGAAGCCGGAACAGAAGUGGAUCUACUACUGCUUGGAAGCGCCACCCCAUUCCUACUUUGCAGCCUUCAGGUUCAUGAGGCGCAUGUUUAACUGGACCAUGUCUUACAGGUUGGAUUCGGACGUGGUCACGUCCUACGGUAGUUACGCCGUAAACGGGAACCGUUCCGACGUCCCGGACGGCCUCCUGGACAUUUGGAGGGGUAAGAAGAAGCACGUGGUGUGGCUUGUCAGCAACUGCCCCACUUCCGGAAACAGGGAGGGGUUCGUCGACCGUCUGAAGAGUUACAUCGACGUGGACGUUUACGGGAGUUGCGGAAAGGGCAGGUGCCCCAACGAUAAACUGGACGAGUGCCUCGACGAUUACGUCAGGAAUUACAUGUUCUUUCUGGCCCUGGAGAACUCCCUGUGUAAGGAUUACGUCACAGAGAAGUUCUUCAGGAUACUCAAGUACAACAUAAUACCCAUAGUGUUCGGCGACGCGAACUACAGUCGAGUGGCCCCUCCCGACUCGUACAUAGACGCUCUGAGUUACAGAGACGCCGAACACUUGGCUCAGCACCUGCGUAACGUGGCAUCUGACUACAACCUGUACAAGUCGUACUUUAAAUGGAAGGACAGGUUCCACAUCUCCCCGUCCCUUCCCCUGAUAUGCGAACUGUGCCGAAAACUUCACACGAGCGACGUGGUCCCCUACAAAGUGUACGACGACAUAGCAGCUUGGUGGGUGAAAGACUCCGCGUGCAGGAGGUGGAGGGGUCAGUAACGGUGCCUUCGCGUUAAGCUCGUUAAACUAGUCAAAAAAAAAGGUACGAUAUCAAAAGAUCCGCGUUAAGUUAUUUACGUUCGGACAGACAAACAAAUGCACCAUUAAAUAUGUAACUUAGCGUUUUAUUUCCGAUCAACUGUGGUCACCGGACAGCGCCAUCUUGAGUGGUUUGUGCUCCAUCAUGUUCUGGCUGCACUGCUGUGGCAGUUGUAUACCGAUGAGUAGUAUUUCUGUGAUACCCUUGACGUUUUGGGAACACACCGUAAACGGUAGGAAGACGAUGUACCAGAAGGCGCAGAAGAACGACAUGACGGUACAGAACAGUAUCGAAAGGAACCAGAACGCAGACCACGUGACUUUCGUCCAUCUCGAGUGACCGUCGUCCAUAGCUGGGGGGUGAGAAAGCCAUUUUUUUUAAAAGAAAAAUCGGGGAUGGGUUACGCCAUCGAAGCCACGUCGACUUACCUGUGUUGUUGUUGUUGUUUGCCCUUACCAAGAAAAAAAAAGACACUGCGCAAUACUCUUCUCGUCCUGUUUCGUGACACCAGAAAGGUCUCGAACGUCCAAUGACCCCUUACCUGUUCUUUUUUUUCCUCCUCCUGCCGCUCUCGCGUCGCGUCACGAGCUAGCGACGCGACGGUGGUAACGUUUCAAAAAAAAAAAAAGUUUCUGUACGUGUUUCAACGCAGUCG